AUGAUCCCAAUCCAGCUAACCCUCAAGCUUUUGCUCCGGCUCCAGCUCCGCCCUCUGGCACUUGUGCUGCCUGCCCUGCUUUUACUGGAGCUAUUUUUCCUUGGUGGUGGCCCAGCGCUGGCCGCGUGGACGCCGCUGAGAGGGCAUUUGGCAAUGGGAAAUUUCUUCCCUGAAGGCUGGUCCGGCGCCGGCCGGGGCUUUUGGCGCGCCAGCGGCGGCGAAGGUGCUGGCGGCAAUUACCAGGAGCGUUGCGUGUCGAGCUCGGCCAGCGGUGUCGACCCCGGCAAACCCCCCGGCCCCCGCCUGAGUAACAGCAGUAAUAGCAACAAUAGCCCAGGCAUGGGGCCUGGUAACAACGGAAUUCGGUUGAAACGCAGUGUCGGCGAAGGCGGCAACAUCCGCAUCGCACUGUCCGGGCGGCCGCUGGCGGUGGCGGAAACCCAGGCGCCAUGCGGUUCCUCAUCGGGCUCCGGAGCCGUGAAGAACCAGACCGCCGGCGGCGGCGGACAUGGCAGCGAUGCCAUGUCGUACACCGCCGCCGUGGCCUGGCGGCAGCCGCAUCUGGACCUUGACGGCCUGCGCGCGGUCCUGCGCGCCUUGGCGACCAGCAGUACGACGUUCACGAUACUGCUCCGGAAUCUAGACAUCACGGACGGUGGCACCGUCGUACGGGGCCUUCCAUGGCGCGACACGGCCGGCGAUGCCGCUGUCGCCGGCGCCACCACGCCCUCCACACGCUUCAUCGUCGAGCGCUGCGUGUUGCACUUAAUGCAAUGCGACCCAGGCGGUCUGGCGGCCGCCGGCAUACAGGUGCCGUUCCGCGUAGCGGCGAUGGGAACGGCAGCAGCGUCAGCGACGUUACCGACACCGCGUCGUCCGGCUCCGCCGUCGCCAUCCAAGUUUCUUCUUCAGGACACGGGUGUCGCGAGCAGUGACACUGACGAGAUGGAUGCGACACUAGUAGACAUCGGGCAAUGGUGCGACCGUGAUUCCCAGGUUUUGGCAACGGCCACCGGCGCCAGCUUUGGCUCGGCGGCGCCGGAUGGCCCCAUGCUACUACUCCUACUCAACCUUACCGCAGCUGUGGCUACCGACGGCGGCGGCGGCGGCGGCGGCGACGCCACGGCGACGCUACAGGACCCGCCAGCCCGUCACCAAGGUUUUGCUUUCCUGCCCCGUUGCCCCGUACCUCCCGCCACAUCAUCGUGCGGCGGCGGCAGCGGAGCCGCCUCGGAUACUGCAGCACGUCGUUCCACUGGACCGCCCGCUGCGGCCGCGGGGUCCUCCCGUGACCCACGGGUCAGCUGCCGGGGCCCAGCCGCCAUCCUGCAAGACAUGAGGACAUGGCUGCGGCCGCCUGUGCUUCGUGAGGGGGUUGGAUGCGCAAUCGUAGUUGCCAGGGCGGGCUAUUCACCUCGGAUGCCGCAGUAG